AUGCUUGUCCUCGCCCUGCGCGUCCUUCUCUGCUACCUCCUUGUCACGGUCCAGGCAAACACUGAAAAGGUCAUAUUCCUUGGUCCGAGCAGCAUUACCAUCCCCAACAUCAGUCCGGGGCUCGAACAGCUACAGCUGAAUGCACUGUCACCAUCUCGAAACAAGCUAGAGACACAGCUCCCCGUAAAGUUCCCAACGGACGAGGAGCCUCGCGGUACUCAGCAUUGGUAUCUGAUUGAGGGUCUUGAGGAAGGACGGCGUUACGAAGUCCGUAUCUGCUGGGUGGCUACACAACCGACAGCAUUUUGGCUUGACGUCCACACAAUCAACGAGGUGUUCGAGACGCCAGAACUCAUCUCCGCAUUAGCCAUCUACUCGGAGCAGCGAGACCGCAGCGUCCCCAGGAGUCCAGAGCCUCGCCAGCCCGACGCGGCAGCUACAUCAAAGUCACUGCUGUUUCUGCGAAUUCAUUCUGCAGCCGACUUCUUCACCACCAAUCAGACGCUGAUGAACUUUCCCCCAGACGUAGAUGCGGACAUCAUUCUCGAUCCGUUUCUGCUCAACGUACUCCCGCGCUCGCUUGGGCCUACCGCUGUGUACCUAGUGGUACUGGCCAUAGUAGGCUGGUUUCUGUCAGGGGCGAUCUCCAGGUGGCUUUGGAAAAUCAACGAGCCCGAGAAAGAACAUUCCAGUUGA